AUGUCUUCUGAUACGACUUCGAAUGCUACACGAUCGUCCAUAGUAAACUCUCGUAAUCCCGCUGGUUCUUGGAGAAACAACAUUACCAGAAGUUCAGGUCUCAGUAACUCGGCAUCAUAUUUUUCGAACCUAGGAAACUCGUUGGAUGUAGACAGAGAGACAAAUUCAGGGGACAACAUAAAAGCAGCAAAACCAUAUCCGUUAGCAAACGAGUGGACUUUUUAUCAUGAUAAAUAUGUCCCAAACGCCACUCCUGAGGAAUAUGAAGAAAAUCUAAAAAGCGUUGCAACAGUAACCACCGUACAGAAUUUCUGGGAAGUUUAUAACAAUAUCAUAGGUCCGGAACAGUUACAAUUAAGGAGUUCUCUCCAUUUCAUGAAAAAUGGUAUCCGUCCUGUGUGGGAGGAUCCACGUAAUGAAAACGGGGGCGCUUGGUCUUUCAAAGUCAAUAAGACAAACACCGCUAUGGUAUGGAGAGAAUUACUUAUGCUCCUAAUUGGAGAACAAUUUGAGGAGUACGUUUCUAAAGAUGAUGAUGUCUUUGGUCUCUCAGUAUCUUCAAGAUACAACGCUGAUAUCUUCACCAUCUGGAACAAGAAUUCUAAUGAACAUGAAAAAGCUAAAGUCGUGGAAAAAUUGAAGGAAAUUCUGGAUCCUAUUGAAUUGCAGAGUCCCUAUUACAAAGCUCACAAAGAGCAUGCGGCAUUCAAAAAGACCGAUAACACAUCAUCGAGUAUCAAUGGCAGAGAGUAG